UGCCUUUAAUACAACAGCAUUGGAGCAGAGGACAGGACUGGAUACAUUCACUGGGAAAUAAAGCAGAAUAGGGGAAUACUAUUGCAUGAACAAAUAGCAGGGGAUAUUUCUUCAUUUCUGCAUUACUGCAGGUUGGAUGAUGGACUAAUGUCACUCCAUUGUGCUCCUUUUCUGCACUGUAGAGUCGGACAAUGAAUUACGUGGGACAGCUGGCUGGUCAGGUGUUUGUGCAAGUGAAGGAGCUGUACCGAGGCCUGAACCCGGCCACUCUGUCUGGUUGUAUAGAUGUGAUAGUGGUGCGUCAGCCUGAUGGCUCCCUACAAUGCUCACCCUUCCACGUUCGCUUUGGCAAGAUGGGUGUCCUGCGCUCGAGGGAAAAAGUGGUUGACAUAGCGAUUAAUGGCGAGCCAGUAAAGCUACACAUGAAACUGGGUGAGAACGGUGAAGCCUUUUUCGUCAAGGAGACUAUAAGUGACAUGGAGACAGUACCAUCCCAUCUGGCCACAUCUCCAAUAAUGACCGAUGGCUCAGCACUGAUGGAAUCCCAGAUGGGCAAAACCGUUUCUCGUCUGAUUGAUCCAAUAUCUGGGACGUCUAUCCAAUCUGUGGGCCCCUCAGGAGAGAACGGUGUGAAGAAGAGGAGAAAGAGGAGAAAGAAAUCCAAAUUAGACAGUGUAAAGCGAGAUGAAAACGGCGACUCGGAGGAUGAGGACAUGUUCCCUAUUGAUCUGAGUUCUGAUGAAGAUAAAGAAACGACACCUAGCAGAGCUAUGUCAUAUGAUUCCUAUGCUGAACAGGUGAACAGCGGUCUAUCCGGGAGCUCCUAUAUGCAGAACAUGGAGUACUCACAAUGCAACAAAGAUUGGAUGAGUGGUCAGAGAACACGUGCGGAACAGACCUGUACUUUAUCUGUCUCAAGUAAUGGAGGUCUGUCCAUCUCUUGCCCACAGCAAUCAUCUACAUUUCCAGCUGGAAACAGCAUGGAACAUGACUUCUUGCCUUCCACACCCAAGAGUGACUCAGAGCUGCUAGUCUCUCAGAAGACCAAGGGAAAGCCAGAGAACCCUGAGAUGCUGUGGGCUUGGGGAGAGUUUCCUCAGGCUGCCAAGCCCAUGUUCAAGCAGUCCAUCCCAGAGCCUAAGGUGGUGGCUCCAGCACCGAUCCCCAAGUCAGACAGCACACACUUUCAGGCGAUCACUAGAGACGGGAUGGUGGAAAAGAUGGAGGAAAAGCCUCCGGUACUCGGAGCCGAAGAGGCAGGAGCUCCAGCAUCUGUUCUUUCUCCAGAUAUGGAUGUAGAAGCCAUCGCUGCAGGGGCUUGCUCUAGUGCAGAUCUAGAACAUGAACAGCAGGGUCCUGGGUUUGAGGGCCAUGCUAAAACCGACUCUCCGUUGAAAAGAAAAGACAAAAGAAGUCAUCAUCUUGGAUCAGAUGGUGUGUAUCUGGAUGACCUUACUGAACUAGAGCCUGAGGUAGCAGCACUCUAUUUUCCCAAAAGUGAAGGCACAGGGUUGGUGAGGAGUCGGACAGAAAUGAGGAGCAACAGUCAGUCACCAAGCAGCGGCAUGGACAGUGGCUGGGACAGCUUUUCUGAUCAAUCAGGAGAGCUGCCCAGUAUCGCCAUCUCACUGUGUGGUGGAUUGACCGAGAACCGAGACAUCACUCGAGAGGAGUUUGAGGAGAAAGCAGUGUCUUAUCAUGAGUUUGCUAAUAAUCCGUCGAUUAUCGAUGACCCCAAUCUGGUUGUCAAAAUUGGAGCCAAGUUUUAUAACUGGAGUACAGCUGCUCCUCUUGUACUGGCCAUGCAGGCGUUUCAGAAACCCUUACCAAAGGCUGCAUUGGAGAACAUUGUGAAGGAGAAAAUGCCCAAGAAAGGAGGACGUUGGUGGUUCUCGUGGCGAGGCAGGAACAGCAGCUCGAAGUCGGAAUCUGCUGAAAGUGGGGAGCAGACACUAGGCAGUAGGUUAAAGGAUGAAUCCUCUUCAAGUGACGACGAAAGCAGACCGACUAAGCCGAGUUCAUCAUGCAAUCAGACUGAAGCUCUUCCCAGUUCUAGCAACAUCUGCUACAAGAAAACUCUCCGGUUGUCCUCAGAGGAGCUGGCCAGUCUGCAGUUAAAAGAGGGCCCCAACGAUGUGGUGUUCAGUGUGACUACGCAGUACCAGGGCACCUGUCGUUGUGAGGGAACCAUAUAUCUGUGGAACUGGGAUGAUAGAAUCGUCAUUUCAGAUAUCGACGGCACAAUCACCAGGUCAGAUACUCUCGGACACAUUCUGCCAACACUGGGCAAAGACUGGACGCAUCAGGGUAUCGCUCGUCUUUACCACAAAGUUAGCCAGAAUGGCUAUAAGUUCAUGUAUUGCUCUGCACGAGCGAUCGGUAUGGCUGAUAUGACAAGAGGCUACUUGCAUUGGGUGAAUGAGAGAGGCACCAUGCUACCCCAAGGCCCCGUCCUCCUCAGCCCCAGCAGCCUGUUCUCUGCAUUGCACAGGGAGGUCAUUGAGAAAAAGCCGGAAAAGUUCAAAAUCGAGUGUCUGACCGACAUCAAGAACCUUUUCCAUCCUAACGCAGAGCCUUUCUAUGCCGCGUUCGGAAACCGAGCAACCGACGUGUAUUCGUAUAAGGAGGUGGGAGUGCCCCUGAACAGGAUCUUCACUGUGAAUCCUAAAGGAGAACUCAUUCAGGAACAUGCUAAGACCAACAUAUCGUCAUACGGGCGCCUGUGUGAAGUGGUCGAUCAUGUUUUUCCGUUGCUGAUUCGAGGCAAUACAUCGGACUUCCCUUGUUCGGACACCUACAGCCAGUUCACUUACUGGAGAGAGCAGCUACCAGAACUGAACAAGCAUGAGCAGGAUGUGAAGAACAGCUGAGGUGAUUAAAAUGCAGGACUGGAAAAAGAGCACAAUUCUGACACAAGCUUGUCGGUUCUGUUGGUAUCGAAAUCUUUCCCUUUAAAUUGUGUUUUUGUUUUUUGCUUUAUUAUUAUUAUUAUUAUUAUAGUUACAGUAGCACUUUUGUUAUUUGAUUAUAUUUAUUCUAUGGUCGUGAUGUCAAUCUUAAUUUGUUUGCACCUUGCCUGUCACUUUAAAGUGUCUAGAGAAAAAGACUCGGAUCUCAGCAAGCAAUAAGACAAAGCUCACAUCUGGACACAAUUUGUCUCCUCGUCAGCCUCUGCUCCUCUCGUGUCUGUUUUUUCUUGGGACAGAUCUAAAUUUUUUGUAUAAGGAAAGCGGGUUGUACAGCUUGUAAAAUAGAUUUAAAAGUAACAUUUUACACUUUUUAUUAUUGACUAAAGAGCACGGCGGACGUCUGAAGUCCCCUCUCAGGUCUCACACCUCGUCUAUUUAGUUCUAGCGCAAACAUCAGCGAACCUCCGUAUGCACUUGUGCCUGAUCGAAACAGUUUACAAACAAUUAUAAACUGUAGUCCAGCGUCAGGUCACGGCAAGACGACGAGUCCCAGCAAACACUGACUCGCUGAGGCAAAUUACAGUGUAUGAAUCCCAACACACACACACACACUGUUCCUCUCACAGCCUUCCUGUUAGUGAUUGACCACAGGGAGUUUAUAUACAUCCACAUACACACACUAUAACUCUCACAGUCUCCCUGAUUGACCACAGGCGUCCUCGUGUACACACAGUCUACAUCUAUAUUAAUCCGUCUAAAAACGCUUCGCAUCAACACUGUUGUUUGCAUCCAAUGUUGCUCAUACGCACGGAUAUUUCUGGAAACGCAUCCUAACCUCGAGACCAUGAGAGGGAUAGUGUGUGUGUAUGUAAUGGGAUUAGCAGUCCGUGGUGCCAUGACCCGACGGCUGUGGUGUUUGCAGGGAGUUGGUCGUCCUGUGGUGCCAUGACCCGACUUUCCUGUUCUCAUUGUACAUUUGUACACUAUCUUGUCCUUUAGUUUUACAACAUGGACGACAGGAAACAUGAAAUUUUAUUUCAACUAUUCGCAAGGAAUAAUAUACACAGCAUUCCUUUAUGUGUCUGUAGUCUUACUAUAUUUCCUCAACAGGAAGGCACUCCAGGAGAGCUAACUUUGUUUUUUUUCCCCUUAUUAACGUGAAAUGUCUGCCUUAGUGUCAUAGCGGUGCAGCAGAUAUGGCAGGGAAUAUUCAGGUGCAUGUUCUCACUGUGUUCAUGUAGAUUUACUCUUGGUUUUCUCCCAUCCCCUGUAUGUGGAUGAGCUGAACACAAAAUCCUCUAGGUGUGAAUGAGAGUGUGUGAGGAUGCCCUGCAAGCUUUCGAACUCCCAUUGAGGCUGCUCUAAAUCCACUACAGCUCCGACUACCUUUUGUGGUCACUAAGUAUGAAUGAAUAUUUUGUUCGAUCUAAUUCUUGGCAUCUUACAUUAUUAAUAUGAACAAGAGCAAAAGGUUGAUUUUGAUUUGUGUAUGGGGUCAGAGUUAUAAUUAAUAGUAUUAAACAGUACAAUACUGUUCAUGUUAUUUAUAAAAGGAAAUAAUAAAAAGGGUGCUGCUGUAACACUAUGCUGCAUAAUCCAGUGCACAUGGAAUUAAUACUGUUAUACCUUUUAUUAUUAAAUAAAUGAUAUAUACUCUAUAUGGACAAAAGUUAGUGGACACCUGAGCAUAAGAUGUGAUUUUUUUCUGAACAUCCCAGUCCACAUUUACCCUUAUAAAUAUUCUCCACUCUUCUGGAAAGAUGUUCCACUAGAUUUUGGAAUGUGCUUGUGGUGUAGGUGAGGUGAGAAGGUCCGGGGUGCAUUUAGCGUUUAAGUUCAUCCCAAAGGUGUUCAAUAGGGUUGGAGCUCUACAGCAGGAGAUCUUAUACUCCAACCCAUGUUAAGCAGAUCUUCAUGGAACUGGGUUUGUGCAUCUUGACAUCUUAUACAAUUAUUUGUGGUAACAGUUUGGCAAACAAACCACAUAUGGAGUGUCCCAAUACUUUUGGCCAUAUAGUGUGAAUAUCAAUUAAAGCUUCAGUGAAUGAAAGCAUGUCAUGUCUUUGUGAAUGUAAUGUAUUUUAAGAUUCAAAAAAUGGUUAAAUUAUUCAAUUUUGUACAAAUAUAUUCUCUUUAUUAUGUUAAUAAUAGUAGACCAUUAAAGAUAUUAAGGGAAGAAACAACAUUGGCGCCCUCUAUGGGAGACUCUUUCCCUUUGAAUAGGUUUCUUUCAAUUUCAGCCAGAACCCUGGACUCGGACUCGUGUGUCCUCAACGGCAGCAUCCGAUAUUCUUUCUGUGAAGGAUCAGCAGUGUUGCGGCUCGUGGGUUUCGGAUUUAUUGUGAUUAAAUGAUGCAAACGAUGAAAAAUCUGUAUAAUAAAAUCUGAUUGCUACACAAA